CCCCCCCCCUCUUUUCCAACACAACAGAAACAGCUGAUCAGGGGCCAAACGCAGUGAGUCUUUCUCCUUUUCCCAUGCUUAAUUGGACAAUUUCGAACAUCAAGAAAACGUCAGACCAAAGCCAGGCCACUGCUCACACCAUAACAACAGAAACAGAUAAUUGACACUGCUUAGCCAAUAGAACUUUGGAUUGGACGUGACGCAAGAUUGGACUUGGCCUCCUGCGCUGCGCUGCUGUGCCUACCGAGACUGGCCACAAGCCGAGACCGGAGACUGUCUACUUCAAGAGUUGGGGAUAGAACCUGUUCGACGUUAACCAACUACUCCUGCCCUACUCAGAACUCUGUGAAGUCCGAAAUGGUGUCCGAAAAUGGUGCAGUAAACGAAGACCUGGUUAAGGAGAGACAAAACUGCAGUUUCAACACACUAGAACUAACUCAUUUGCUUGAUGGAGGAGAGGCUAAAACUCUUGAGAGGAAGGAAAGAGAAGAGUAUUUUCUCUCUGAUCCUGCUUUCAAAGAUGAAGUGCCUAUGGAAUAUUUGAGUCAUCAGGAACAGUAUGAACAUUCUGUUCGUAAAGCCUGUCAUAUGUUCAGGAAGCUCCAAGAAAUGCCUCACGGUAGCAUGGAUAAUUUCAGGGAACCACCAGUUGAGUCCGUGGCUCAGAGAAUUAAGCAACUUCUCGGUGGUAUGUUGGGGUCUGCAAUUCUUAAGGAUGGUAAUCCUCUUGCACUGCACUAUGUUAUGUUUUUGCCUACCCUUGCUGGGCAAGGUACAGUUGAACAACAAGCUUAUUGGAUUUCACGUGCCUGGAAUCUAGAAAUUGUUGGGACAUAUGCCCAGACAGAGCUUGGACAUGGCACAUUUAUUCGUGGCUUGGAAACAACAGCCACUUAUGAUCCAUCCACACAAGAAUUUGUAUUAAAUAGCCCAACUCUGACUGCUUACAAGUGGUGGCCAGGCGGCUUGGGACACACUGCUAACUAUGCAGUAGUUGUUGCUCAGCUUUAUACUCAAGGCAAAUGUCAUGGCAUUCAUCCUUUUAUUGUUCAAUUACGAGAUGAAGAGACACACAUGCCAAUGCCAGGAAUCAUUAUUGGAGAAAUUGGUGCCAAACUGGGAAUGAACACCACUAACAAUGGGUACCUUGGCUUCAAACAAGUUCGUAUUCCAAGGGAAAAUAUGCUGAUGAAAAACAACAAAGUACUGGAGGAUGGAACUUACGUCAAAUCUCCUAGCGAUAAACUUACAUAUGGAACUAUGAUGUUUGUAAGGGUGGUCAUCUGCCAGGACAUGGCGAGUUAUCUAUCUAAAGCUGUCACAAUUGCAACUCGCUACAGUGCAGUGAGACACCAAUCUGAAAUGAAGCCCGGAGCUCCGGAGCCUCAAGUUCUUGAUUAUCGUACCCAGCAGUACAAACUACUCCCUUCCAUUGCCUCUGUUUUUGCCAUGAAGUUUUCUGCCAAUUGGAUCUGGGAAAUGUAUAAUGUGGUGAAUAGUGAGCUUGAUCAAGGAGAUCUUGAAAGGUUGCCAGAGCUUCAUGCUGUGUCAUGUUGUCUGAAAGCCCUCUGCACAAGUGAUGCUGCAUCUGCUGUAGAAAUUGUCCGGCUGGCCUGUGGGGGCCAUGGUUACAUGAAAUCAAGUAACCUGCCAUCAACUUAUGGACUAGUUACAGCUGCUUGUACAUAUGAGGGUGAAAACACUGUUUUACUGUUGCAGACAGCAAGGUACCUAAUGAAGACUUGGCAGCAGGCUCGAAGUGGACAAACUCUAACACCCUCAGUGGCAUACUUAAAUCUUUACUCUGACUGGCGGCAACCACGCACAGUGUGGGAAAAUACUACAGACUGUGUCAUAAAGGCAUUUUACCAAGUAGCAGCUGGGAAAGUUAAAGCUGCUGCUGAGCACAUGGAGCGGCGUGCUAAAGGUGGCAUGACACCUGAGGAUGCUUGGAAUGAGACUUCCAUUGAGCUUGUUGCUGCCUCUACAGCUCACUGCCGUGCUUUUAUUGUAGAAAAGUUUAUCGAAACAGUUUCUAAGACAGACGUUUCGCGACCUCUUCAAGCAGUAUUAUGCCAAAUGGCUGAGCUUUAUGCUGUUUACUGGUUGUUAAAUAACAAGGGUGACUUUUUAAUGUUCUCAAAUCUGUCUCCUGCUGACGUUGAUGGAUUGCAGUUGUGGUUGGAACAACUUCUCACAAAGCUGCGCCCCAAUGCAGUUGGAAUUGUGGACUCUUUUGACAUUCAUGACGAUAUUCUGGCUUCACCUUUGGGGGCGUGGGAUGGCCGUGUUUAUGAGCGUUUGUUUGAAGAGUCUCAGAAAAGCCCCUUAAACAAGGAGCCAGUCAAUAAAUCUUUCCAUGAGUACAUGAAGCCCUUCCUACGAUCUAACUUGUAAUAAGAUUAAUUGGUGAAUGGUUAUCUUAGCCCAUAUUCAUAGGAACAUGCUCAACAUUCCCCUACAGUUAAAGUAACAUGUGAUAUGUAGUCUAGGGAAUUUUUGCUUUGCAUCUUGACAUAAUGACAGAUUGCCGUCAGGUAGCGGUCUGUUUAAAAGACAAUCUGUGAUAUGUGAAUUAGGAGUAGGAAACUGUGUUAGUGCCUUUUCUACCUAAACAAAUAUCUUUGCCUUUUCCUCAUAAAUUCGAUGCAAAACAAUUUCAUCAUGUAAUUAAGACAGACUGCUUUAUUCUUCUGAACAAGUACUUGUAUUGUUCAUUUUAAUAAUGAAUUUUUGCUUUUUUUAUGACUUUGAGUUUUUGUUUGGUUAUUAGUUUUGAAAGUUUAAGUUUCUUGUUUUUAAGGAAUAAUGUUUCUAAUUUUACUCUUAUCUUAUCUAUUAUUGAGUUCUCUUUGUUGACUUAUCAAUAUGUAUGUUUAUGUACCUACAUAUUUGGAAAAUGAUUUGUGUUGUCAACUUUAAAUUAUCUUAUAAUUGUCAGUUUUGCUAGCAAAAGGGGCUGGCCCAGUUUAAACAUUUAUCUUCUAGUUUGACCAAAGGAGGCGAGACCCAGUGGGGUUUGGCACUUGGCCUCAGCAUUUAUUGACCACACUCCAUCCAUCAGCUUUUAUCAAUCAUCUUCCUCUCUUGAUCGAAAGAGUUAUAACUCCUUCGUUCAAGACCCUCUGAUGCAUUUAUAUACUCAACCCAUCAAUUUUGUAAAUGAUGUAUUGCCAUAUUAUUGUGUCUGUCAUUUUGUCAUGUUUGCUUUUCUUUCCUCUUUUUUAAAAUCGUUUUGUAUUGAAAACAAAGCAGUAUUUUCUAACUUUUACAUGUAUUUUGUUAUUAUCUUUACUAUUAUUGGGAAUCGGGGAUGGGGGAUAUUGUGCAAUUACAAGAGUAUAUACUGGUGUUUUUCAGGCCAAUCAAAUUGUGAGGUAGUCUUCAAUUUGAAUAAAAUAUUACAUUUUGAA